GUCGUCACUGCUGGAGUAGAACCCUGCCUCUGAAAGAGUCUCAUCCGGAAAUUGAACCGACUGCUAGAGAACGAGGGAAUAUAUCGCCCCCCUGGGAAAAUCAUUAAUGUUCUCGCCAGUAAGGAUGUUUUUGCUUCUGCUAACACUUUUGGUUAAGAUGUCGGAUUGUCAGAAGCCGUGGAACUCAGGGAUACAGAGCCACCUACAGGCGAAGGGCGGGUUCACGCACCGGAAGUCGCUGGGAAUGAAUCAUUUCGUGGAUCACACUGUAAAACCCACGCAUCCCAUAACACUACAAACAGGCAGAAUUAUGUUUACUACACCCUCACCGCACGUACCUGCCUCAUCGCACGCACAGGCCAGGACACAAGCACCAAAUGCCAUGCGCAACUCUGUGUAUCCGUUUUUUAAGUCUCAAAGCAAAACUCCCGAAGUUGUGAUGUCUGAACACCCCGUUUCGUUUAGAAAGGCUGUGCAGUCUCAGAAGACAGUAUUGUCGAAUAGAAUAAAUACUAGUAAAAACCACGUAAUACCCAAUGAAAGACACGCAGAGACGGGAUGGGUUGUUAUAAACCAUGGAGAACAACUGCAACAUAACAAAAAUACAGGGAUCAGUAGAAACAUCAACCGCUUCUUCAGGCGUAAUCAGAAUAUUGUUAGCAUGAUCAAACCUGCUCAAGGAAGAUCUCGAAAUACACCUAAAAAAGAGAUACGACCACCCAAAACAUCAAACACCGAGCACAGACACGCUCACGGCAGCGCCCCCUUCAAAAUGCACCAAAGGAGUAAUCUUCAAAUGAAUGCUUUCCAUCCCCUUCAGAGAAUUAGAAAGAAGUUUUCUCCGUACGAUAAGAUUCAGUCUGCCCUGGUUCACAUUAAAAACGAAGUACACAAUCAGCGUGGUAUGAUUGGACUGCUACAGAAAUCUAUCGACAAAAUGAAGCAUAUAUUUUCAACAAUGCAAGGCGAUAUUCAAAAAUUGGUGAAUUCAGUAGAUGUAUUGGUGAAAAUGCAGUAGCUGAAUUGUUCUAUAGAAUGGCGGUAGAUUUGGUUAUGAAUGCAAUGGUUUUUCAAUUAUGAUUCAUUCAUUUCAACUUUGGAUAUAUUUUCAAAUUCGCCGAAAGUGCUUAGAUAUAAAACUAACUUCAUGUAUUAUUUAUUUUUAAAAGCUAUAAUGAAAAACCGUUAGCGCCAUGUCAACUCCGCUUUUUUCGUUAAUUUUGUAUAAUGUAUAUAAUGAGAUAUGACAAAUAGAGCAAUGAAAUGUUUAUUUUUAACACUUUUAUGGACUCUAACAACGCUGCUCCUAUCUUUAACGUUUUACAAUUGUGUAUUUUCGGAUGAUUCUGUGCUGCUAUUAAUAUAUUAAUUGUCAUUGUUUUCCGUUUUUCCAACAGCAUAAAAUCUCAGACUUAAGAACUGUUAGUUUAAAAAAAUCAAAAUUACCCGCAAAUGACAUUUAAUUACCAUUAGCGGCGUGUAUUGCUGUAAUUGUGUUUCUGGUGAUGCCCCAAUGAUUUUUGAAGUCUAGAGAUCCUUCUCACAAACAUUCUGCAGCUAAGAUAUAAAAUAAUUUCAGCGACCAGCUAGGAGUUCAGAGACAUACAAGUUAUAACAUAUAGAUAGCCAUGUGUUUUCUUUCCUCACCAGAGAUUUUUAUUGCAACAUAUAAAUAUGUGAUCGUGUACCAUAUUUUCAUAUACAUGUAUAUUGCAUGUACAUUGGCUUAUUCGUGGUAUAAAUUGUCAUAUGAUGUAAU